AUGAGCAAACUCAGCUCCUGGUUUCGAUCAACACCAGCCGCCGUGUCUGCUGAUUCCUCCGCCGGUGGAAGCAAAGGGACCAAAGGAUCCAAAGGCAGCAAAGGCGACGCCACCAGGCUCAGCAUCCAGGACGAUGAUGUCGACGCCGAAACCAGAUUCCGCGCCACCAAGAAGGCUGCCGAACUAGAAGAUGCCCUAGCCGCCGUGAGCCUCGUGAUGAACGACGACAUCGAGGGCGCGACGGAAGCCCUGGCCAAGGGCGACUCGCCGUUCCACAUGCUCGGUCUGGCCCUCACCUGCUUCAUGCGCGCCGUUAUGGGCUUCGAGAAGGACGUCAUGGCAGAGGCGUCCGCGAAGCUGGCCGAAUGCGAGGCGAGGGCCUGGGCCGAGCUCAAGGCGGCGCAGAAGAAGGACGAGAGGCAUAGCGACAUCUACGCCCCCGGGACCGAGUACACCCUCCUUGCCGCCGAGACACAGCUCAUGUCUGCCGUCGUGUCUGUGCUGCAUGAGAGUUUGACGGAGGCUCUGAAGGGUUUCUAUAAGCUUCGGAAGGCGUACCUUACUUUGGAUGCCAUUGCUCAGGCGGAAAGGAAGGCGUUUUCGCCCACGUCUGGCUCGACAUCGGCACCGGGAUCGGUACCGGCGCCGCUUUUUAACCCGGUGGAGGAUGACCCGAUGCCUGGGAGUUUUGACGAGUCGGAGUUUGCCGACAUGUUCCCCAAGACGGUGAGCGGCAACAAGAACGGCGAUGCCGUCGACGUCCUUGAUGAGAAGCGGGCAGCCGCAGAAAUCCCCGAGGCUCAACCAGUCCCCACACAAUCACAAUUACCCCUAACCGAUGCGCCGCCUCCUUCCUCGCCUUCUACGCUCGAAAAGGACCUGUCGCAGUUGCGACUGCAAGAAGGCGAAAAGUCCCGACCACUCGCUGGUACGAAUGUCAACGCCAAUGCCGCCACUCCCGCUCUCACCAACCCCCUCGACAUUUUCAUCCAUUCCGGCGCCAACAUGUGCUAUGGCCUCCUUCAUAUCCUCAUCAGCAUGGUGCCCCCGGCCAUGUCCCGGCUGCUCUCCAUCAUCGGUUUUCAGGGCGACCGGUCUCGUGGCGUGAGUAUGCUAUGGAGCGCCACUCGUUUUCACAAUAUCAACGGCGCCGCUUCCGGCCUCGUUCUGUUGGCCUACUACAAUGGUCUUCUCGGUACCGCCGACAUUCUACCUCCCAUCUCGCCCCCCUCGUUAUCCUCGUCGUCGAUCUUGGACCAAAUCCUCUCGGCCCGCUGUGAUGGCGACACUAGCCAUGACACAGAGACGGACGUCGUCGGCAUCCCCCGGGAGAAAUGCGCCGCCCUUCUCGCCGAGAUGCGCCGCCGGUACCCGGAGUCCCGGAUUUGGCGAAUCGAAGAGGCCCGCGGACUCGCCCAGGAAUGCCGCCUCCGCGACGCCAUCGAGACCCUGACCACCGGCCCCGCCGCCAAGAUGCGCCAGGUCGCCGCCCUCAACGCCUUCGAGCUCGCCCUGGACGCCAUGUUCGCCCAGGACUGGCCGCUCAUGCGGGACUCGGCCCUCCGCUGCCUCGAGCUCAACGACUGGAGCCACUCCCUCUACUACUACCUCGCCGGCUGCGCCGAGCUGGAACGCUACCGCGACGCCGUGCACGAGGCCGAGGCCGACGAGGACGAGACGCGCAGGCGGAAGACGCGCGUAGAGGAGCUGUGGCGGAAGGCGCCCACCGUGGCCGGCCGGAAGAAGUUCAUGGCCAAGCCCAUGCCGUUCGACAUGUUCGUGCAGCGCAAGAUUGACAAGUUCGAGGCCCGCGCCAAGGAGCUGGGCGUCUCGCUCGCCGACGCUGCCGGGCCCAGCCCCGCCCUUGAGAUGGCUGCCUUGUGGUGCGGGCCCAAGAGGAUGGACGCCGAGGAGCUGCGCCGUAUGCGCGUCGGCCUCGCCUGGGAGCGCUGCACCGCCGGCGAGGAAGGGGUUCGCAGGAUGAAGGAGAACCCGGAUGAGAAGGCCGUGCGGGCUGCUAACCUUGCUGGGGUGCUUCGGCUUGAGGGGAAGCUGGAGGAGGCCAGGUCUCUGUUGAAGGAUGAGGUGCUCUGUUAUGACCGAUCAUUAUUAAAGGGAGCACUACGGGAUGACUAUUCCUGGCCCCUGGCGCACUACGAGCUCGGUGUCAUCGCGUGGGCCGAAGCAUGCGCGGUCCAGGUGGACGGGGCGACGGGAGCUGAUUCCCAGAGCGAGAAGAGCAACGGAGAAACGUCCGAGGCGAAGCUCCGGGCGUGUUGUCUCGCGAAAGCCCGAGAGGCUCAGGAGCAUCUGGACGUCGUUGUACGCGGCGAGGCGUUCCUGUUCGAUGCCAGAAUAGGCAUGCGAGUGCAGACGGGGCUGGAAACGUUGCGAUGGUUUCAAGCUCGAAUGGAAGCCAGUUGA